CCGUUUCUAUGUUAAGAAAUCGGCAAGUCGUUUUGAUUGAAGUCCCGAAACGCCUGCUCCGGCCUCGCUCGUUCCUUCCAGAGUCCAGACCCAGUUGCAGGCUUGUAUCUCGCUGCCUCUCUCUGAGUGAUUUUGUUUAGGUUUCGAUUCGAUCGGAUUGUAGAAGAUGAGAGUACAUUUCAUUUUCAUUCUUAUUCUCUUCUUCAUUGCUUUAGUUCUUCCAUCAUCUUCUUCUGCUCCCAAAGACCCAUUUCUCGGAAUUUCUCCCCAAGAUGAGAAGUACUACAAGUCAUCAUCGGAUAGAAUUAGCUGCAAAGAUGGAUCCAAGAAAUUCUCCAAAUCUCAGCUCAAUGAUGAUUUCUGCGACUGCCAUGACGGCACCGAUGAGCCUGGUACAUCGGCCUGCCCGGCUGCAAAGUUCUAUUGUAAAAACGCUGGACACAUUCCGCAACUCUUGUUUUCUUCGAGAGUGAAUGAUGGUGUUUGUGAUUGUUGUGAUGGGAGUGACGAGUAUGAUGGUAAAGUGAAGUGCCCCAAUACGUGUUGGGAAGAUGGCAAAGUGGCUAGAGAUAGGUUGGUCAAGAAAAUUGCUAUAUAUAAGGAAGGGGCUACUCUGCGAAAGGUGGAAAUUGAAAAGGCUAAAUUAACCAUAGCCAAAGAUGCAGCUGAACUAACAAAGCUUAAAAAUGAGGAGAAGAUAUUGAAGGGCCGUGUAAAGAGCUUAAAGGAACGUAAAGAACAGAUAGAGAAAGCAGAGGAGAAAGCAAGGUUGCAGAAAGAGAAGGAAGAAAAAGAAAAAAGAGAAGCAGAGGAAGCGUCAAAGGAAAAAGGGAAAGCUGAUGAGGAAGAAACUAGCAGUGAAAACAAACCCACAGAAAGUAAACUUGAUGAUAUAAUUGGUAAUGUGGAGGAUUCUUCUUCAAAUGAGGCUGUCAAAGGAGAACACAGUGAUGCUGAUCUGGCAGCAGAAGUUGAAAAUAGUUCUUCUUCCAAAAUUGAAGUCGCUCCAGUUGGUAUGGUAGAGGAGCAUGUCUUGGAAAAUAAGCAUGAAAUUGCUUCACCAACACACACAGAUGUUUCUUCUGUUGCAAGUGAAAUUGCUCAUGAUGCUGGAAGCAAAAUAUCACCUGAUGGAGACAAGAAAGCAGAGAGUGAAGCAUCAUCUGAAAUUUCUGAGGGAUUGUCGAGGGAAGAGCUAGGUCGCAUUGUUGCUUCCCGUUGGACUGGGGAUAGUACCGAGAAUCAAGGUAGCAAAAAAGAUCAAGCCAAUGACAGCCAUGAAGAGAUGCCCAAGGACACACAUGAUGAGCAAUAUGAUCACUAUGCUUCCGAUGCUGAUGAAGCCACCGGAAAAUAUGAUAAUAUAGAUGAUGAACUAGAUGAAAGUUAUGAAGAGGAGAGUCAUGAUGACACGACUCCAUACAACUAUGAUGAACCUGACUUGUCAGAUACAACUUCCUCGUAUAACUCAUCUUGGUUGGAGAAGAUACAGCAAACAUUUUGGAACAUUCUAAAGACCUUUAAUUUGUUUCAAACUCCAGUGAACAUAUCAGAGGCUGCUAGUGUAUGCAAGGAAUACGAUGAAUCCAGUGCCAAGUUAUCUAAAAUACAAUCAAGGAUAUCAAGUUUGACACAAAAGCUAAAACAUGAUUUUGGACCUGAGAAGGAGUUCUAUGCAUUCUAUGGUCACUGUUUUGAGAUCAAGCAGAAUAAGUAUGUUUACAAAGUUUGUCCAUACAAACAAGCUUCUCAGGAAGAGGGCUACACAACAACUCGUUUGGGGAGUUGGGACAAAUUCGAGAACUCAUACAGGAUGAUGGUAUUUUCUAAUGGAGAUGGGUGCUGGAAUGGCCCUGAUAGAAGUAUGAAGGUGAAAUUGAGAUGCGGUUUGAAAAAUGAGAUAACUAAUGUCAAUGAACCCAGCCGUUGCGAAUACGUAGCUUCACUGUCUACCCCGGCUGUUUGCGUGGAAGAUAAGCUAAAGGAGUUGCAACAUAAACUAGAUGUGAUGAACCAAGAACAAUCUCAGGGACAUGAUGAACUUUGACCAGCCUCGAUACUAAUUUUGACAUGCCAUCCGCUCGGAUAGAAGAUGUUGAGGAAAUGC